AUGUCUGUCUGUGAGGAUAUGCUUCUUUGCAAUUACCGCAAAUGCAGAGUCAAGCUUUCGGGCUAUGCGUGGGUCACAGCCUGCUCACAUAUCUUCUGUGACCAGCAUGGCAGUGGGGAGUUCAGCCGUUCACCAGCAGUCUGCCCUGCUUGCAACAGUGCCCUUUCUGGCAAGUUAGAUAUCGUUCGGACAGAACUCAAUCCUUCUGAAGAAUAUAAAGCGAUGGUCCUCGCUGGACUGCGUCCAGAGAUUAUUCUAGACAUCAGCUCUAGGGCCCUGGCCUUCUGGACGUACCAGGUUCACCAGGAAAGGCUGUACCAAGAAUACACCUACAGCAAGGCUGAGGGACACCUGAAACAGAUGGAAAAAGUUUACACCCAGCAACUCCAAAGCAAGGAUGUGGAGCUGACGUCCAUGAAGAGUGAGGUUUCCUCCCUGAAGAAAGUGCUGGAGGAAUACAAAAAGAAAUUCACAGAACUUUCCGAGAAACUCAUGGAGCGCAACCGUCAAUACCAGAAACUUCAGGGCCUCUAUGACAGUCUACGCUUACGUAACAUUGCUGUAGCCAGUCAGGAGGCAGCUCAUGAGCCCCCUAUGAUGCCUCAGCCAGCCGUCUUUGGUUUCCCUUUGGGAAAUGCUGCCAGGUUCUCUGGGGAUACAACACCUCACCAGGGCCAGCGUGGCGAAGGGGACUUCCAUUUCAAAACCUUCUUUGCUUCUUCUCCCCCAAUGGGAGAUUCUGGCAACUGCUUCUUUUCCUUCACUUCACCCGGCAAUGAUCUGACCCAGUGCCCAGGAGGCAACAGAGCCUAUAAAAUAAAGAGAAUGUAG